GGGAGGGAGGGAGGGGAGGAGAAGGGAGGCGGCACUGCCCGCGCAGACCCUCCGGAGCCUUCUCCUCCUCUUCGUCCUCCUACCUCCUCCUCCAAGGCGGCUUCUCCUCGCCGCGGCGCCGGAGGCGGCCGUGCCCGCAGCGCGAUUUCAUGUUUCAUCCUGUACUGAGCGCCUGCUGCUGAGAGCUGGAAAGUCUACUUAGGAUAUUUCAAGACUUCCCUUGCCAGCAGAAUAUGACAGAUACCUAGCAUCUAGCAAAACCAUGGCAGCAGCUUACCUUGACCCAAACUUGAAUCACACCCCAAGUUCAGGUGCAAAGACUCACCUCAGUACUGGCAUGGAACGUUCCCCAGGGGCCAUGGAACGAGUCCUGAAGGUUUUCCACUACUUUGAAAUCAACAGUGAGCCAACAACGUGGGCCAGCAACAUCCGGCAUGGAGACGCCACCGAUGUCCGAGGCAUAAUUCAGAAGAUUGUGGACAGUCAGAAAGUGAAGAAUGUGGCCUGCUAUGGGUUACGGCUCAGCCACCUGCAGUCUGAGGAGGUUCACUGGCUGCACCUGGACAUGGGGGUGUCCAGUGUGAGAGAGAAAUUUGAACUAGCCCACCCUCCAGAAGAAUGGAAAUAUGAAUUGAGGAUUCGGUAUUUGCCAAAAGGAUUUCUAAACCAGUUCACUGAGGACAAACCAACUCUAAAUUUUUUCUAUCAGCAGGUGAAAAAUGACUAUAUGUUAGAAAUAGCAGAUCAAGUGGACCAGGAAAUUGCUUUGAAACUAGGUUGCCUUGAAAUCCGGAGAUCCUACGGAGAGAUGAGAGGCAAUGCAUUAGAAAAGAAGUCCAACUAUGAAGUGUUAGAGAAAGAUGUUGGUUUGAGACGAUUUUUCCCGAAGAGUUUGCUAGAUUCAGUGAAGGCCAAAACACUACGGAAAUUAAUCCAACAAACAUUUCGACAAUUUGCCAACCUCAAUAGAGAAGAAAGUAUUUUGAAGUUCUUUGACAUCCUCUCUCCAGUGUACAGAUUUGACAAGGAAUGCUUCAAGUGUGCUCUUGGUUCAAGCUGGAUUAUUUCAGUGGAGCUGGCAAUUGGCCCAGAAGAAGGAAUCAGUUACCUGACAGACAAGGGUGCAAAUCCAACCCAUCUAGCAGAUUUCAAUCAAGUGCAAACCAUUCAGUAUUCAAACAGUGAAGACAAGGACAGAAAAGGGAUGUUGCAACUCAAGAUAGCAGGUGCACCUGAGCCUCUGACAGUGACAGCACCAUCCUUAACCAUUGCAGAGAACAUGGCAGACCUGAUCGACGGCUACUGCCGCCUGGUCAACGGGGCCACGCAGUCCUUCAUCAUCAGGCCUCAGAAAGAAGGUGAAAGAGCUUUACCAUCAAUACCAAAGCUGGCCAACAAUGAGAAGCAAGGAGUGAGGUCUCACACGGUCUCUGUGUCAGGAGUCAAUCACUGUCAGCAUAAAGUAAAGAAAGCUAGACGCUUUCUGCCUUUCGUCUUCUGUGCCCAUGAGUCGCCGCCCAAGGAUGAAAUUAGUGGGGACGAGACUGAUGACUAUGCAGAGAUUAUAGAUGAAGAAGACACUUACACAAUGCCCUCAAAAAGCUAUGGAAUAGAUGAAGCCAGAGAUUAUGAAAUUCAAAGGGAGAGGAUUGAGCUGGGGCGCUGCAUUGGGGAAGGACAGUUUGGAGAUGUGCACCAAGGAGUUUACAUGAGCCCGGAAAAUCCAGCUAUGGCUGUUGCAAUCAAAACGUGUAAAAACUGCACUUCAGACAGUGUUAGAGAAAAAUUCUUACAAGAAGCCUUAACAAUGCGUCAGUUUGAUCACCCCCACAUUGUGAAGCUCAUUGGGGUCAUCACAGAAAACCCAGUCUGGAUAAUCAUGGAGCUCUGUACACUUGGAGAGCUGAGGUCGUUCUUGCAAGUAAGGAAGUACAGCUUGGACCUGGCCUCUCUGAUACUCUAUGCUUACCAGCUUAGCACAGCUCUUGCCUACUUGGAGAGCAAAAGAUUUGUACAUAGGGAUAUUGCUGCUAGAAAUGUGCUGGUGUCUACCACUGACUGUGUGAAACUGGGUGACUUUGGAUUGUCCCGAUACAUGGAAGACAGUACUUACUACAAAGCUUCCAAAGGAAAAUUACCCAUCAAAUGGAUGGCUCCGGAGUCCAUCAAUUUCCGAAGGUUUACCUCAGCUAGCGAUGUGUGGAUGUUUGGUGUGUGUAUGUGGGAGAUCCUCAUGCACGGGGUAAAGCCCUUCCAGGGAGUGAAGAACAAUGAUGUGAUUGGGCGGAUCGAGAACGGUGAGCGGCUCCCAAUGCCUCCAAACUGCCCUCCCACCCUCUACAGCCUUAUGACCAAGUGCUGGGCCUACGACCCCAGCAGGAGACCCAGGUUUACUGAACUUAAAGCACAACUCAGUACAAUACUGGAGGAAGAGAAGCUGCAGCAAGAAGAACGAAUGAGAAUGGAAUCCCGGCGACAAGUCACGGUGUCCUGGGACUCAGGAGGAUCAGAUGAAGCUCCUCCCAAGCCCAGUAGACCUGGUUACCCCAGCCCCAGAUCCAGUGAAGGCUUUUAUCCAAGCCCACAGCAUAUGGUACAGCCAAAUCAUUACCAGGUGUCUGGCUAUCCUGGUUCUCAUGGGAUACCAGCCAUGGCAGGCAGCAUUUAUCCUGGGCAGGCUUCUCUCCUGGAUCAAACAGAUUCCUGGAACCAUCGGCCUCAGGAAAUACCAGUGUGGCAACCAAACAUGGAGGAUUCAGGCACUUUGGACAUCCGUGGAAUGAGCCAGGUUCUGCCCACACACCUCAUGGAGGAGAGGUUGAUACGGCAGCAGCAGGAGAUGGAGGAGGAUCAGCGCUGGCUCGAAAAAGAAGAACGAUUCCUGAAACCCGACAUGAGGCACUCCAGAGGCAGCAUUGACCGCGAGGACGGAGCUCUGCAGGGCCCUGCUGGUAACCAGCACAUAUAUCAGCCUGUGGGAAAACCAGAUCACGCGGCUCCGCCAAAGAAGCCCCCGCGCCCCGGAGCCCCCGGGCACCUGGGCAGCCUGGCCAGCCUCAACAGCCCCGUGGACAGCUACAACGAGGGUGUGAAGAUCCAGCCGCAGGAGAUCAGCCCUCCCCCCACGGCCAACCUGGACCGCUCCAAUGACAAAGUCUACGAGAACGUCACGGGGCUGGUGAAGGCGGUGAUAGAAAUGUCCAGUAAGAUCCAGCCGGCCCCACCCGAGGAGUACGUGCCCAUGGUGAAGGAGGUUGGUCUGGCACUAAGAACUUUACUGGCAACAGUAGAUGAGACCCUCCCAGUGCUCCCUGCAAGCACCCACAGAGAGAUUGAGAUGGCACAGAAGCUGCUGAACUCGGACCUGGCCGAGCUCAUCAACAAGAUGAAGCUGGCCCAGCAGUACGUCAUGACCAGCCUGCAGCAGGAGUACAAGAAGCAAAUGCUGACGGCUGCUCACGCCCUGGCUGUGGAUGCCAAAAACCUGCUGGAUGUCAUUGAUCAAGCCAGACUGAAAAUCAGCCAGUCCAGACCGCACUAAGCACUGAGGGAAGAGCAUCGUCAGCCUCGGAAUUCUGCUCGCGCCAGGAUGUUCCUUCACCUUCCACCAGCAGUGAGGAUUCACCCAGCGCAGUCCUGGCCGCCCCCUGGGGGUCUCUCAUUGCAGCAGUUGAAGCAGUGGCUCUGCUGGAGCCGGGCUGGCUUCGGGCCGCGGUUAGCAGCAGCUGAGUUUGUACAGGAGCCCUCGGAGCCGGGGCACGGGGCAGUCACUCCAUCAUGGCAUGGGACACGCUUCACACCGAGCUGCCACCAUUGAGCUGCCCCCGGGCCGCGGCCUCGGAGCCAAAACUGUUGGAGCAGCAGAUGGGAGAAAGAUAUUGUGAAGUGAAGAAUUCGGGGAAACCUCAGGGCUGAGAAUUCUUGCCCACAGUAUAUGAACUAUCCAGACUGGAAUUUUUUUUAUUAGAACACUUACGUCGCAAUAUGCUAAUCACGAUUUACAGAGAAAGAAUAAAAAGCUAUAUUUUCAAGACUUCAGUCAUUUCAAGACAAACUAAAGCCCUCUUCAUCUUCCUGCCUUUUACUUUGACGUGACUGUGUGAAGCAUUUGUUUGGAACUAGCUGUAGGACACAACUGAACACUCGAGUUUUUCACCAGGAUAACGUGCCAGUUCUUUUGUAGCAAUGUUGUUUUCCUUGGAAGUGAAAAUGCUGCUUUGUACCAGAGCAAUUCAGAGCUGCAUUUAGAGGAGACCUGUAACCAUUCAUGUCCCCCAUUUUUAUAUAAUUUAUAACGACAGAUUAAAGCCAUGAUGACUAUUUUAAACCCACUGUAGUUAACUAACCCAUCCUUUUGUCUAUCUUGCCUGGGAGGAGUUACAGUAGAGCAGUGUAAUUAGAUUUUCCUUGGUUUUCCAGUUAUGCCAUCUGUUCUGUUAAAAUAAAAACCACACUCCCUUUUUGCUGUUGAGGGAUAUAAAUUAUUCUCAGGAAGAAUAUAAUGAACUGUACAGUUACUUUGACCUAUUAAAAAGGUGUUACCAGUGAAA